AGACUGGUUGAUCUUGAAUCUAAGCUCACCAAUAUCAUCGGUCUUCUGUCGCGCUCCAGCGCACCCAUUAGUGGAGUCGAACCCCCCGUUAAUCCGGAUGAUGGGCUGGCUUUAAUUCCUGAAUAUUUCAGCGACAGUCUACAUCCAACAACUGAAUGGAUGAGCGAAGGAUACUUGGCUGGUCCUGAAUUGAGCGAAGGUCUGGGGUCCAGCGAAAAUCAGGAUACUACCGAAAAUACCCUAGAAAAGUCUUGGGAUGCACCCACUGCAAUGGACGCCGCGUGGAUCACCGACUUAGGGCUCAGUCCUGUCGUCCUAGAGCAUCUUCUAGACAGGUUCCGCGGUAUGGCAUUCUAUUUCCCAUUUGUGCGGCUCUCAGGCACCUGGAAUGCUGCGUCGAUGGCUGAAGAUCGCCCCUUCCUAUUGCUUGCAGUUGUUGUUGCUGCUUCAUCAAAGUACUGUCAUCUUCAAGACGCUCUGAUUAGACAAUUUAAAGAAUCUCUCAGUCAGCGGGUCAUUAUAGCUGGCGAGAAAGAUCUAGAUCUGCUCCAGGGAUUACUUGUCCAUCUUGCCUGGUUCCAUUUCCAUUUUGUUCCAGGGAGUCAACAAACAUACCAGUAUUUACAAAUCGCAAUCAGUAUGGUCAUUGACCUUCGCCUUGAUCAAGAGGCUGCCAACUUGCUUGAGGAGCGAACCGAGCUGGGUGAUGAUUAUAUCCGGGAAGCAUGCCGGGCUUAUCUGGGCUGCUAUUACAUGUCUAGCAUAAUAUCAAUGUCUUCAGGAAAGCCCAACAACCUCCAAUUUCACGAGGCAAUGCUUCGAUGCGCUAUGAUGCUGCAAAAACAGCCAGAAUUCGAUACAGACUUCAUGAUAUACCCAGUGACGAAAGUGUUACAGUUUACAGAGGAAGUCUGCGAGACUUACCGGUCCGAAGGCAUUCAUGGAACUCGGCUGUACAUUCAUGCUGAACGAUUCACUACCCGGUUAGAAGAAUGGUGGUCGUCUCUAUCGACUGAUCUUCAAAACACGUUGUUGCUAAUAAACAGCUAUCAUGCCGUCAAGAUUCGGAUUCAAGAAAUGGGGUUGGUAUAUUGCUACGGGCAGAGAAGGCCACCGCCUCCAAAAGCACAGCAAGGUUUCACCAUAUCAUCUACAUCUCCGAUAGUCAUCAGCAACUUAGUCAAAUGCGUCAGUUCUACCAAGGGUUAUCUUGAUUUGUUCUUCGCCAUUCCCGCUGCGGAGCAUACUAGCUUGCCAAUUUCCGCGUGGUAUCAGGUCAUUUUGGCGGUAUUUGUGCUGUACAGGCUGUCUGUGGGACUGCCAGAAGUACCUGAAUGGGACAGGGAGAUCGCACAUCAAUCUGUGGAUCUACAGGAAUACCUUGACACAUUGUUGUCUAACCUACAGUCUAUCAAGCCAUCGCCAGACAGGCAAAUACCCACCAAGAGUCUCUUUUCAAUGCUGCCUGAGAUCCUAGGAAGUGUGAAAGAUUCCUAUGCAUUAGCAAAAGAGAAUUUCGCCCAGGUUCGUGAUAGUAACCGUGCGCAUCACGAGCUUGGGGCUUCAAAACCCAUAGCCUCAUCUACUCGAAGGCCGCACCGCUGCCCUGCGUUGCGGUAUUCGAACCGCCACGUCGCCCAGGCUCCGGAUCAGCCCACACUACAAAACGCCAUUUCUACGGAAGUCCAGAAAAUAGAAGAUGAGAAGCUUUGGGGUGAUCUUCUGUUUAUGGACACAUUUUCUAGCAUGACGGGUUCAUCAUCUGCAGAGACUUGA